AUGUUAUUAUCUCGUCGCUUCGAACACACGGGAGACCUUGCUGAUAUUUCCAAGGCCAUCUCUGUCGAGAACCGGCUGGUCGCUCGUACGCCUAAGGGGGAUCCUAACCUUCCCGGGAGGCUGAUCAACCUUGGGAUCUCAUUUUUAACCUGCUUCGAAUGCACGAGGGACCUCUCAGACAUUUCUGGAUCCAUUUCUGCCCGGGAAAGGGCAGUCGAUCUAACACCUGAGGGCGGGGAGGACAUGCCUUCCCUACUGACUGUCCUCGGGGCUUCAUAUAUGUCGCGCUUUUCCCUCACCCAAGACCUCCUGGAUUUAUCUAAAGCAAUAUCCGCCCAAGAGAAAGCCGUACAACUCCAGUCGGAUGACGAUGAAAUCUUACCAUACACGCUGAAUGACCUGGGAGAAUCAUUGAUGCGGCGCUUUGAGCAUGAAGGGAAUCUUCGUGAUAUCUCAGAAGCAAUACUACAGCAGGAGAGAGGGGUGCGCCUAACUCCUGGUGGUGAUGAAACCUUACCUGGUAGGCUCAGCAACCUCGGUAGUUCGUAUCUUUGCCGCUUUGAGCGCAAAGGGGUUGUCAGCGAUAUUUCAAAAGCAGUUUCGUUACACCAGAAGGCAGUGGAUCUCACCUUCGCUGGCCACAAAGACAGGCCCAUUCUGCUUAAUACCCUUGGGACUUCGCUCAUGCUGCGCUUCGAACGCACAGGAAAUCGUCUCGACAUUGAAGACGCAACAUCGGCUUUGACGGAGGCCUUGCGACUGGUACCAGAAGGACAUGAACUCGCGCCGAAAGUGUGCAAUAACCUCGGGAUGGCACUUUGGGGUUCCUUCAAACACACAGGAAAUAUCAGCAAUAUAUCUAUGGCCAUAUCUUGUCACCAAAAGGCUGUAUCCCUCAUAUCUGCUCCAGAACGGCCAAACUCUUUGAACAAUUUGGGAAUUUCAUUCAGACAGCGCUUCGAAGAGUCGGGAGACCUUCUUGACAUCUGCGAAGCAAUAACCGUCCUACAAGAAUCCAUUUCCCUGACUGAAGAACAAAACCCAAAGAUGCCAACCCGGCUGAAUAAUCUCGCAACUGCAUUCCUGGUAAAAUCUGAACACACGGGGGAACUUGCAGAUAUUUCCAACGCGAUUGUAACCCAACAGCGAGCAAUCCACCUCAUUCCAGAAGACCAUGCUGCUAUGCCAGUCCUGCUUAACACCCUUGGCACUUCCCUUUCUGGUCGUUUUGAACAUACCAAAGAUCUCAAAGAUAUUUCAGAUUCGAUAUCAGCCCACAAAAGAGCGGCUGUCAAUCUCACUCCUGAUUCCCAUCCGUACCUACCCUCUUUCCUCUUCAACCUUGGGAAAUCUCUCAUUCUUCGCUUUAAAUCCACUAAAGAUGGGGACACCAUAUCCGAGGCGAUCUCAGCACAGAAGAGAGCCAUACAAUGCACACCAGUGCACCACGCACUCAUGCCGAGUUUACUGACAUCUCUUGCAGAUUCAUUUUUGAGCCGGUUUGAACAGAGAGGAGAUCAUUCAGAUCUAGAGGAAGCCAUUUCCAAUUAUCGACAAUCUGCUAAUGGCAUCUCAGGACCACCUUCCAUACGCCUCAUUGCUGCCAAACAAUGGGCGACAUGGGCCUUGAAGGUGAACCCAUCAGAGCCGGAGGUAAUGGCCGCAUUCUCGACUGCCAUUCGUCUUGCGUCUCAGGUUGCAGGGCUCGAACAAACUAUACGGAUACGCCACUUAAACCUUUUCCUGAAUAUCUCCGAUUUAUCAACUACAGCUGCUGCUGCUGCCCUGUUAUUUGGACGACACGAAACCGCUGUAGAGUGGCUCGAACAGGGUCGCUGUCUGGUGUGGUCCCAAAUCAACAAUCUUCGGACUCCUCUGGGUGAUCUGCGUGACCAUGACUCAGUGCUAGCCGAUGACUUCUCAGAUGAAGUUAAGAAACACAUCGAACUUGCACGCAGAUGGGAAGAACUCCUCCAUGAGAUCCGCAGUAUCAAGGGGUUUCAUUACUUUCUUCAACCGCCAAGUAUAUCAUCUCUCCUUGAGGGUGUACCCAAAACAGGCUCCGUCAUCAUCAUCAAUGCCCACGCGACCCGGAGUGACGCCAUCGCGCUUCUCCCUGGUCGUCAAAUCCUUCGUAAAAUCCUGAGUGAAUUGUGGUUCUACAUCGUUAAACCUGUUCUUACCAAACUUGACAUUUCGGUACGUGGAAAUCUCCCAUUUCUGAUAAAGGAUACUCACUAUCCAAUACCCAUUCUUUCAAUAAAGUCUCAUACUGCACAUCAUUCCCGCAUUUGGUGGUGCUCAACUGGUCCGCUUGCCUUCCUGCCUAUCCAUGCUGCUGGAAUCUAUGGCCAGGAUAAAGAGCACAGUGAAUGCCUUUCCGACUUCGCCGUCUCGUCCUACACCCCAACAGUUACCGCACUUAUUGAGCAAGUAAUCAAGAAACCCACCACAGAAAGCGCAACAACCAGCAGCUUCUUGCUCAUCGGUCAACCCAUCGCGCAAGCUCCUCUUCGUCCGAUUCCUGGAACUGCAACCGAAAUAGAAGCAAUUUGGAAGGUACUGAGCAGCCAUGGAGUGCAUGCUAUUCGGGUGGAGAAUGAAGCAGCGACGGUUGUCAGAGUGAGAGACGACAUGGGGAUCCAUAACUCGAUUCACCUUGCAUGCCACGGGAUCCAGCAUACCAGCCAGCCCCUGCAGAGUGGAUUUGCUAUGCGUGAUGGGUGGCUCGAGCUCUCUGAUAUUAUCAAAAUCCAAAAUCCGCAUGCUGAUCUGGCGUUCUUGUCAGCCUGUCAAACGAGUACGGGCGACGAAGAACUGCCAGAGGAGGCGGUUCAUCUGGCUGGGGGAAUGUUGGUGGCAGGAUAUCGAGGUGUGGUUGCUACAAUGUGGUCGAUAAACGAUGAGAAGGCUGUGGGUAUUGCAAAAGAUUUCUACAGUAAUCUUCUGAGCCACAGCCCGGAAUCUGGAAAAUGGGAGGGAACAAUGAGUGUUCACGCAGCGUAUGCGCUUCAUCACGCAUCUGAACGUAUGCGAGAGAGGCUGGGCGAUUCAGAGCAUGCUCUCCAUGCAUGGGUACCAUAUGUUCACUUUGGAAUAUGA